UCCUCUCCUCUCCUCUCCUCCUUCCAGCAGAGUAUUGAGCUCCCAGCUGACCUACUUUCUGCUCUCAGUCAUCCCGCUGCUGUUUACAGCCGCGCCAGAGCCGGGAUGAGGAGCUCUGUACCGGGGGAAGCGGCGGAGGAACCCCGCUGCUAGUCUGCGGAGCACCGGGGAGGAGCGGCGGGAACGUUAGCCAGACUUUCUGGGAACAUUUGGGAGGAAGGAGGGAAACUAAAGCUCGUUAUGCAAUCGGAGGCGUUCGGCUCGCUGAGCUCGGCUCAAUGUUUUAGUUCAGAGGAGGAAAAAAUGACGGACGGCGGUUAAAGUGUUUCUGCCGCACUUCUUCAGGACUUUUUUCCUUCGGGGGAACCGAGGAGGAGGUGGGCAGCUGCUCCUUCCUAGGAUUUUCCAGUAAAGCGCUGAGGCCAGGUGAGGGCGGAUGGGACUUCCCAGACUUCAGAAAAGGCCCGGUUGGCAGAGGGAGUGAGUAUGGACAACCUUUCAGAAUUCGGCGGGCCGUGUCCAUCCACCCUUAGGGAAUGGGAUACCAACAGCUGUGUGGAGGACUUAAUGGAUGAAGAUGAGAAGGACAAAGCAAAAAGAGCAUCUCGCAACAAAUCUGAAAAGAAAAGAAGAGACCAGUUCAAUGUGCUCAUCAAGGAGCUGUGCACGAUGCUGCAGGGCCAGGGCCAUCCGCGCAAGAUGGACAAGUCCACCAUCCUGCAGAGGACCAUUGACUUCCUGCAGAAGCAGAAAGACAUCACUGCGCAGAACGAAGUCUGUGACGUGAAGCAGGACUGGAAGCCCUCAUUACUCAGUAACGAAGAGUUCACUCAGCUCAUGUUGGAGGCCCUGGAUGGUUUCCUGAUUGCAUUAACGACGGAUGGAAACAUCAUCUAUGUGUCUGACAGCGUGUCCUCUCUAAUUGGACAUUUACCGUCAGAUAUGGUGGACCAGAGCAUCCUGAAUUUCCUCCCAGAGCGGGAACACGGGGAGGUUUACAAGCUGCUAUCAUCCCACAUGCUGAUGUCUGACCCGGUUGCUGCUGAUUUCCUUGACAGUGAGGCACAUAUUGAAUUCUGCUGUCAUCUUGCCAGAGGUAACAUGGACCCCAAGGAGCCUCCUGUGUACGAAUAUGUCAAGUUUGUUGGAGAUUUCAAGUUUCAUAACAAUGUGCCUACAUCUUCUUGUAACGGGCAUGAAGUGACGUUACCAAGAAGCCUGCAGUCGUCACUGGAGGAGCAGGUCUGCUUCAUAGCCACCGUACGCUUAGUCACUCCACAGUUCCUGAAGGAUUUGUGUAACGUGGACGAUCCUUGUGACGAAUUCACGUCCAGACACAGCCUUGAAUGGAAGUUCCUGUUCUUAGAUCACAGAGCGUCGCCGAUCAUCGGCUAUUUACCCUUUGAGGUUCUGGGAACGUCGGGCUACGACUAUUAUCACGUGGAUGACCUGGAGCUGAUAGCCCAGUGUCACAAACAAUUGAUGCAGUUUGGAAAAGGUAAAUCCUGCUACUACCGCUUCCUGACCAAAGGCCAGCAGUGGAUCUGGCUGCAGACUCAUUACUACAUCACAUACCACCAGUGGAACUCCAAACCUGAGUUCAUCGUCUGCACUCACACCGUCGUCAGUUACGCCGAGGUGCGAGCCGAGCGGAGAAGAGCGUUUGGUCUGGAGGAUCUUUCUCCGCCGGAGAUCGCCCCAUCCUCUGUGAAGGCUCAGGAGCUGUACUUGGACAUCUGCUCCACUCUGGACGCCAAGAGGGACAGAAACAGCGGCGCCCGUUCGGUGUCAUCCCACAGCUCCAGGAAAUCAUCCCACACCGCCCUCUCGGACUCUCUGUCAGCGAACUCCUACACAGAGGCCUGCACGCCAUCAUGGCCACCGGUCGCCGUCGGAACAGAGAAAACGCCAGGCAGACUCCAGCCUAGCGGCUCGAAGAUUUUGGCUCAGAGACAAAAUUCCUUUGAAGUCGUUCCUCAAGAGAGCAGCAAGCACUCCGCCACGCAGCAGCAGCAGCAGUCUGUGUAUCAGCUUCAGCAGCCUCAGCUCGGCGUGAUGACCCAGCUGAAGGAGCAGCUGGAGGAGAGGACGCGCAUCCUGCAGGCCGACAUAAAGACGCAGCAGCAGGAGCUGUAUGACAUCAAGGAGAAGCUCCACCUCGCUAAUCUGCAGAUGCUGUUACAGCAGCCGAUUCACAGUGACUUCAGCCAGGCCCAGCAGCAGCAGCAGCAGCAGCAGCAGCAGAGCCCGGGAAGGCCGACGCAGCAGAACCAGAACCAGAACCAGUCUGGUGUCAUCAGGCAGCCAUCAGGCCAACAGAAAGCGUCAACCUGCGGGGCUCACAGCUCACCUACGCUCCCUCUGAGAGAAAACGCCUCUUCGUCCUCACAGGUUCAGCAGCGGAUUGCCCGCAGCAGACCAACCCAGACGGUGAGUCUACCGAUGCAGACCAACACCAGCCUGACGACGCCCUUCUACAGCAACCCCAUGAUGUUCUCCCAGACAAACACCAGGCCUCAGCAGGACCCGAACCAAAGACAGACGGAUCAGCUCAGCCAUGACGGACAGUUACGGAUGCUGCUCAAGCAGCCCAUGCAGACUGUGGUUCCUACAAGCAGCAGCGCCUCCCAGCCUUCCCAGUGCAACAUGGGAAUCUCCCAAACUCUGUACAGCUUGGACCAGCCCAUCACCUCCUUCACCAUGCAGCAGGUCAACUGUAACGCCGUGCUCGUCCCCUCCCCCGUCUUCACCUCACCCAUCAUGAUCCCACACAACAGCUUCAUCACGCAUCAGGCCCAGUCGGCCUACCACAGCCAGCCGCAGGCCUCCCAGCACUCUGUGCAGCAGCUGCAGGCCCAGCAGUUCUUUCAGAUAAAUCAGGGUCUGGUUCACGGCGGUUCUGCUCCAACUUUCCUCCACGCCACCAACAUCCCGCAGCAAAGCACCAUGGGAUACAUUCAGCAGCCACCACAGCAGCAACGGCAGUACCAACAUUCCCAGAACCAGAACCAGCCAGGCAGUGUUUCAGACUUCAGGAACAUGCUGACCCGAUAGCACUGAGGACUGGAUCGCAGCGCCAAGGAUCUGCCUCUCUGGCGCCGCUCUGUUGGCGGCGGCCAAAACCUCCUAAAUCAGGGGGCGGCAUCCCCGACGCCGACCCGGAACCACCCGCAGGAUCCGAAGACAAUCUGAGGGGUCGGGUCUCUGUUGGGGCCAAAAGGGCUGCAGUGGGUGGACAAUCAGAGCCGUGACCCGGACCUGUGGAGGUUUCCUUCUAGAAAGUUCUCAUUCAGCUGUUUGCACUUUGACCCCAGAAGUAGAAUAUUUAUUUAUUUUGGACCUAAGAUGAUCCGUUUUGCUCUCAAGCUGCUCCCACCUAGAAUCUCUCUGUUUAGGGCAGGUCCAACUCUGCAGAACAGAACUGUUCUGGAACCAGAGGAGCAGCGGAGCUGGACUGGACCUCAGAAACCCGGAGUCCGGACCGGGUGUCAGCCCGCAGAGAGGCGGAGGGAUCGUGCCUUCAACUAUAAAGACGGCUUUAAAAUCCAGCUCAGGUCCGUUUGGAUCAUCAGAGGUUUAUUUUCAUAAGAGAGAAGAUUGUUCUGAAAACAGGAAACGUGUAGAUUUUCUCCUGCAGACGUUCUUCCUGGUUACAGUUCCCGGCUAAUCGCUGCAAGAGCAUCGUUCCGACUGAAAUGUGGAAAAAAAACCUUAAAAUGAAAUCAAGCUGCAAAUAAUGAUUAUUCUGAUCAUUGGUUAUUGAUCGAAAAGGAAAAAGAACAUUUAUGUUAGAAUUUAAACUAGCUAAAACAAAAUAUUCCCACUUGAGGAUUUCUGAACAAAAACCUUUUUAUCUUAAAUGCAAAAUGUUUUUCAUUCUGGUGUAACUGCUGCUCUGAGUGGGUCCCUCUGUCAGCUGCAGUUAAUGAUUAAUCGAUUAAAUCAAUUGAUAGGUUAGUUGACUAUUAUAUUAAAAAUCGGUUAAUUUGGUUCAUUGUUUGAUCCUUAAAAUAACCUUAAAUUCAGAAGCACUUUAAUGAGAAACGAACCCAAACCUUUAAUUUAACCAGAUACCUGAAAACCAGGAGAAACGGAGCGACACAAAAAUAAAAAAAAACUUUAAAGUGGAAGAAGCUCAGCAUGAGGAGUUCAACCGGUCGGAACCAGUUCUCAUAAAAACAAACUAACAAUGAUUUUAUUUUAAGGCUUUUUUCCCGAAGCUUUGAACAGAUUUUGGACAGCUGUCCGUCUGACCCACAAACAACCAGAUCAGAUUUUAUUCACUGAAAACACAGAAGUGUAUUUGAAGGUUUCCAUGGAAACGGGUGGCGCCCCUCCUUCCUGAGCAACACGACUUUACCUCAGAAAGUUGGAGGAGCAGAAUCUGAUGGGUUAGGCUGGAUUACAGUGGAACCUGAGAUAAUCCAGAGGAUGGUUAACAGAUUGGGGCGAGGCGUUUUAGUCUGUCUAUAUGGAGACAAUGUUGUUCCAGUAUUAUUGAGGGCAAAGAACAAAAAAGACAUUUAAAUAAAAUGUUUUAAAAUAUUUUUUUAAUUAAAGAUAAACUUUAA